GAGGGACCGUCGGUGUUGCGAGCCGCGGGCGCCCGGAGGCCGUAGCGCACGGGGCAUCCGGGUAGACUGGCAGCAUGGGGAAGGGAGGUAACCAGGGAGAGGGGAGCACCGAGCGCCAGGCUCCGAUGCCCACCUUCCGUUGGGAGGAGAUUCAGAAGCACAACCUGCGCACCGACCGGUGGCUCGUCAUCGACCGCAAGGUCUACAACGUUACCAAAUGGUCCCAGCGGCACCCGGGGGGCCACCGUGUCAUCGGACACUAUUCGGGAGAAGAUGCUACGGAUGCCUUCCGUGCCUUCCAUCUGGACCUGGACUUCGUGGGCAAGUUCUUGAAGCCCCUGCUGAUUGGUGAGCUGGCCCCAGAGGAGCCCAGCCUGGACCGUGGCAAAAGCUCUCAGAUCACCGAGGACUUCAGGGCCCUGAAGAAGACUGCUGAGGACAUGAACCUCUUCAAAACCAACCACCUGUUCUUCUUUCUCCUCCUGUCCCACAUCAUCGUCAUGGAAAGCCUUGCCUGGUUCAUCCUCUCGUACUUCGGCACUGGCUGGAUUCCUACCCUCGUCACAGCCUUUGUCCUCGCUACCUCUCAGGCCCAAGCUGGAUGGCUGCAACAUGACUAUGGCCACCUUUCUGUCUAUAAGAAAUCCAUAUGGAACCACGUUGUCCACAAGUUUGUCAUUGGCCACUUAAAGGGUGCCUCAGCCAACUGGUGGAACCACCGACAUUUCCAACACCAUGCCAAGCCCAACAUCUUCCACAAGGACCCGGACAUAAAGAGCCUGCAUGUGUUUGUCCUUGGCGAGUGGCAGCCCCUUGAGUAUGGCAAGAAGAAGCUGAAAUACCUGCCCUACAACCACCAGCAUGAAUACUUCUUCCUGAUCGGACCGCCGCUGCUCAUCCCUAUGUACUUCCAGUACCAGAUCAUCAUGACAAUGAUCAGCCGCAGGGACUGGGUGGACUUGGCUUGGGCCAUCAGCUACUAUAUGCGUUUCUUCUACACCUACAUCCCUUUCUACGGCAUCUUGGGAGCCCUGGUUUUCCUCAACUUUAUCAGGUUCCUGGAGAGCCACUGGUUUGUGUGGGUCACACAGAUGAACCACCUUGUCAUGGAGAUUGAUCUUGAUCACUACCGGGACUGGUUCAGCAGCCAGCUGGCAGCCACCUGCAAUGUGGAGCAGUCCUUCUUCAAUGACUGGUUCAGCGGGCACCUCAAUUUCCAGAUUGAGCACCACCUCUUCCCCACUAUGCCACGUCACAACCUGCACAAGAUUGCCCCACUGGUGAAGUCUCUCUGCGCCAAGCAUGGCAUUGAAUACCAGGAGAAGCCGUUGCUGAGGGCCCUGAUCGACAUUGUGAGUUCACUGAAGAAGUCUGGGGAGCUGUGGCUGGAUGCUUACCUCCAUAAAUGAAGCUGCCGUCCUCCGGGCACCCUCGGGAAAGGGGCACUGUUGGGUGACAGCCAGAGGGAGGGGAGGGCUUUUGUUCUGAAGGGUUCUCAUGAGACUGAAGUGUCUGCUGCCUCACAUUCCCCGGGCUUGCAUCCUUUCUUGUUAUUCCUCUUCCCUCACCCCUACCUACUCCAUUCUCAUGGAGUUCCCCCUUUGUCAGCCCUGACCCCAUCCCCUCUGCCUCCCAGUCCCUUCUCCCAGAGAGCCGGAGAGGUGGUUGUCUCAGGUGGUUACGCGUCUGCCUUUAACUUCUGCACCUAAAGAUUCCUGGUAUGAGAUUCUGCUCCUGGCAGCCUAGUCCCCACCCCCUUCUGUCCCACAGACACUCUGGGGGCCUGUGGAACAGGAGUCCAGGACUUGGCUCUACACUCCCUGUCAGCAUUAUGGUGUAGUCAUUUGGGUGAAGACAUGCUUCGUUCUGAGUGUCUUUCCCAUGGCUGGGAUUGGUACUUGAGGCUUCUUUCCAGCUGCCAAGGACCACCUUAGACUUUGAGGACCAAGGAAAAGUUCUCUCAUGCCCACCAUCACAACUCCAGACCAUAGGGUUUGUACAGGUUCUAUUUCAUCAUCUACCCAACUCCAGAAACCAAAGGGAGUGUUCCUUGUGCGGGCUCAGGAGAGGCAGUAGCCAGGUUGAAGGAGGGACUGACCAGCCUGGAACUUUAACCUCUCCCACUACAGUCAGGUGCUUCUGAGUUAAAAGGCCCAAGAUUCUAGAAGGAUCAGAUCUUUUUCCAGAUCCUCUGGCCAGUUCCAGAUGCUUGGUCUAGAGAAUGUGGACCUUGCAGGAGAGCCCCUGAGCAGCUCUCCCCAGGAUAGAGCUGCCAAUCUAGCCAGCACUUGGCUUCUUUUUGGCUCAUCCCUGUCUUUACAGAUGUUUGUUUGCUUGUUUGUUUUAGCUGUUGUGUUAACAUUUCCUACAGAAUUCUUCUUAAUAGGAGAGUAGCAGAGGGCUGGCUGGGUCUUAGGACAAUCCAUCUUUACUAGAUGUCCCUUGCCCUUCAGGUAGAGCUAGGCUUCGCCUUCAAGGCCACAGUAUACGCUGUGGCUUGAGGUUGCUGCUAUCAGAAAGGCAGGAAAAACAGGGUAGGGUGUGAGGUCUCAGGAGGGCUGUUGGGGGUACCCAGUGAGGCUCAAGCAGGAGUGUAGAGGGAAGAGGAGGCUGAGGGCAUGAGGGAAAUGUGAGGGCAGGUGGGAGGGGGGACGUCGGCUAUAGCAGGAGGGGACCCACGCUAUGUCAUUCUGAGGUCUAACUGGACUAACCAACCAAUAUGUAAACUGGAGGAAAAGGCUGGGCCUGCACAGGGCAAGCCCUCUAGGACUCCAUGAGCCAAGAGAGACCAGUUGGUAUUGUUCCACAGAGGCAGAGAACCCAUAGGAGAUGGCAGUCAUUUGUAUCAUCUUGUUCCCCGCCUCUACUUUUUUGGGAAAUAAAAAAAAAAAAGUAAUUUUAUUCUCA